AUGGCAAGGAUGUUAAAUGGCAAUUCGUACACUAUCCCCCGUAAAGAACGCUGUUAUAAAGAACGUUCAAUGAAGACACCAACGCUCUCAGAAAUUGCAGAAGUUCUACAAAAUGGAAUGCAACCUUUGUUCCACCGAUUGAAAGUGGACGUAACUAGCUGCCCUUGUCUAACAAAAGAACCAUACAAUCUUGCCGGUGUAGGAUUAUGUGGUAACACGGCGAUAAUAGAACUCGGUGAGAAACCCACAGAAAACGUAUCGGAUUGGAAAGAUAGAACAUGUGAUAUUAAGUCUGUGUUGAAAACCAAUUGCAGUGAUUCCUUUGUCAUUGGAAGUAGUUACGCUACAAAACCACACAUGCCUUAUUACGGACAUCUCAUUAUGAAUGCAACGUACAGAGCACCUGAGAGUUUUACGAAUGCGAGUCGCAUUGUUUUCAUAGAGACAGGUAACGGACAAAGAAGGAUAGAAACGGUAACUGAUCCUAAUCAAUUAACAUGCACCCACAACGGCUGUUUUUUUGUUAGCGAGGGUAGGCCAGGCAAUGUUGUGAGAGUGCGUGCUAAAGGUCGCAAGAUGAUUAACACAGACAUCAUAACUUCAAUGCAAACCGUUCUUUAUGAAAGUUUUGGAAAAGAUUCGACUGAAACUGUUGCUUUAGGUGGUGUUCUAAGAAUGAGAUACGGACAAGUAGCGUGUAAUGUUAUGUUGGACGAAUAUCCGGAUGAGAAGUUACAAUUUGUAAAUUUUUAUUUUCAACAGCAAUAUUCCAAGAUAAACCUAGAAUCAGAUAUGAUAGCCGUUGGUGUAAUAUUUGACGAUCUGCCAAUACUAAUCUCUGACGAGGAGCAUUACGGAAUUAGCAUAUACAAUAGAAGUGAGUUCCAUUGUUUUUCUGAUCAUGGAACAGGCGGACAAUUUAUUAGCGAUAUUUCUCCGGAUACGACGGAAUACGAAGGUUACUUCAACGUAGUAAAGAAGUACAUUGUACUUAAAUAG